ACAAUCCAGGCGGAGUGACUACGCGACCCAGUAGAGAGGGUCAGCUAACGAUCAGACAUUCUAUAACGGAACGAUAAUUCGAAUACUGUGUGGAUUUGAGAUUAUUCUUACGUGAACAAUGGGCGGCUGGAUUGUAACCACACUGGGAAUUGUCCUGGGAAUUGUCAUUGUUGUUACUCUGGUUUUGUACAGGAGAUACUGCAUCGGUUGGCCCUGGGGAGCGCGGAACAUUUGGAGUGUAUGCGAAGAGUGGCGACAGCGGCUAUCCUGGCUCUGGGCACCGCGGGAGGAGAAGGUGGGUCUGGUGAAGGCUCAGUAUCCAACUGCCCAGACGAUUCCCGGCCUUUAUCGACAGUCUGGCAAUACUUCCCAGAAUUUGCUGCACAGCGACAGCGACCUACGCUUGGAUGCCCAGGGAGCUUUUACCCGAUUUGAAGCUGUGGAUAGGGACCUGCAUCCCCCACUAAGCACUGGAAGUGCCAUUCCCCCGCAGCCACUGAGACCAGCGCCCCAACCAAGACCAACAGCUAGACCAAGGCCAUCACCACUGCAAGCACCAACCGCUGCAGAUCACCUGCGAAUGCAGCAGGCAGGGCCAGGACCGCUUACUCCUCCCCCCAUCCCUCGAGCACCAGGUUCUCACAGGACAAACGGGCCCUCCGUGUUCUCAUUUCAGAAUGAAAUCCCGAAGACCUACAGCUCCUACAAGACCCCCAACGAUCAGCCAUUGCUCCAUUUAGAGAAUCGUAACCACACUAUCGCCGAGAACAUCCAGAUGAGACCCUAUUCUCUGCAAGAUUCUUACGUCAGUAGAAUGACUAGAGACAGCGCAUUCGCCCCUUACGAACUUCCCCAAGAAGCAUCGCAGUUCAGAUACCUCGGAUCCCGCACCGAGAAUGAUCCAACAAUGAAUACUGAGGACAGCAGAUCAGUCUCCAGCUACCCUGGUUACGAUUUCUCUCAGAAGACUCAUCAUCAAGUUCGUCAACACAUCAGAAAUGACUCGCGAGGCACAUCAAGCAGCUUCAAUCUCACAAAUUGCAACAAUACGACGCAAGCCAUCAUGGAGUCAAUAUAUGGACCUCAGGUAGUCACAACAUUGCUCCAUAAUACUCAGAAUUACGGAAAUGAAGUUCUCAGAAAAACGGAAACACCGCAGAAUAUAGAAUUGACACCAUUCCGCCGCAGCACUUUUCCCGAUGAUCUGGCUUACGGUCUCCACGCAAAUACAAAAGCUCAGGGAUUGCAGAGAGUAUCACAAUAUAUUCAAAGUUUGCCGGAUCUACCAAUGUACGAACCUAUGAAUGACCAAACAGACGAUCGGGAUGAAUCUAUGUAUUCCCAUUUGGAGGGUAGAGUUGAUGAUGGUAGAAGUGUGAUACCCAGUGGAAAUGAGUUGACACCGAGUCCAGUACCACCGCCCGCACCACCUGAUCCCCCAAAUCCACUAAAUAUACAUCGGAAAAAUGAACCUACCACGGGUGAGAGAAUCUUCAGUGCUUUACGUUCAGUCACAUCCCAGAGUUAUAUCGACGCAUCGGAGUUUUAUAACUCAGUGCUAUCGUCCGCCCAACAAGUUCCCAAACUCACAUUCCCCGGGAUGACGAGAUCAUCGAUACAGCUGGCUGAUACAAAUACUUCAAAUAAUUUGCAAGACGAAACGGGGGAAUACUACGGUGAUGUUGAAUCAACGGCUCUGAGUAUUGACGGUUCAAGGCGUGGAUCUGACCUAUACAGUCCGGAACUUAAUUUAAAAGCUCACCAGACCGCACAGCAGGUAUAUAACAGUCUGCAGGAUCCACCGGCUUCCCCUCUCCUUCUCAAAGACCUGGACCAGGAGCCCUAUCCCUACAUGUCUGACCCAAGUUUCACAAGAACUUCCGAGGAUAUCUUCAAUAGUCUCGAACAAAGGAGGAAAAGCAUGGAGAGGCUGAAUGGCAUUCACGAAUUCGUGGAAAUGGAAAUAAAUGAUACUCAGAGGCAAAAGAAUGCCCACGAUUGGUUCGCUGUUCUCGAGGAGGUACACAUGAAGAGACGACUAUCACAAAGUAUCGAGGAUGCAUUCAGUUGCUAUACGGGCACGGAAAUCGACGACGGAAAUACAGGAAGUAGACGGGAGUCGCAGGGGCCAGAGCCGGAACCACCUCCCGACGAAGCCAAUUUGAAACGGGCAAUAAGCUGUGAGAGUGUUUGUUCAGAUACCAGUGUCGUGCUUGGUGAUAUUGAGGAUGUUACGGUAGUUGGGCAUAUUUGCGUGGGUCUUGAGUAUGAGAGAUGGGGAGGACGUGGUGCUGAUAUUGAGGGGGAUCUUGCUGCCAGUGUUUUGGAGGCGAGGGAUCUAAUCACGCCAGACGGACAGCCCGCUCAAGAUACAUUAGUGAGGGCGUGCCUGCUGCCAGACCGACAAACGCAUGUACAAACGCGGCUCUACCGAGGCUCACCCUCUCCAAGUUAUCAAGAGAAGUUUUUAUUCCCUCUUGAUGGUGGCCCCAUUGGUAGAACAUUACUAUUAGAGAUAUUUUCCGUCGACAUUGGCAUGGGCGGUGGGGUUUCUCUCUUGGGUGAAGCCUCUCUCAAGUUGGGCCCUGCUGCUCGACCACCAGCCACAACUUGGUUACCUGUAGUUAGUCCAGCUGUACCGGUACCUCAUCUCGGUGAACUCAUGUUCUCUUUGAGUUAUCUGCCAACAGCAGAGAGACUUACACUUGUCGUUGUUAAGGCUAGAAAUCUUCGAGGAGCUGACGCUGUGCCUGGCGAUUUUUUCGUUAAGGUUUAUCUGCUUCAGCAAGGGAAGAAGGUUCAUAAGAAGAAGACCUCUUGCAAACGCGGGGAGAAGAGCCCGACGUUCAAUGAAGCAAUGAUUUUCAAUGUUCCUGCGCAUGCUUUGCAGACAAUUCAAUUGAGACUGACAGUAGCCGAGUCGACGAACGACCAAUUGGCGAAUUCAAAAGCAGAAUCCAUUGGUCACGUCAUAAUUGGCGCCACCGCAACGGGGAAGUCCCUUGCGCACUGGCGGCAAAUGCUGGCAUCUCUGAGGCAUCCUGUUGUAAUGUGGCAUCCCCUCAGAAAAUGAAUGGCCACGUUAUCAAUCAGUCAUAACGGAGUUAUUCACAUUCUCAGAGGGCGGAAUAACCGAAAUAUUUCAAACUGAUAUUCUCGGUCUUCAUAUUGAGGUCUGCUUUAACUUGAUUGCAGGGUUUUUUUCUUUGUUUGAUUUCCUGUGAAUUCAUAGGGCGGAUAUCGAUUCAGGGACGAUUCGAAGUGGAGAACAAUAUUUGGGGUGGAUACACAACUCGGAAAAUAUUGCUAAAUUGCCCCUUGAGGCACGAAAACAUGUGAACUUUGUUUUUUUUCUCGGUAUAAUUAUGGAAUAAUAAUCGGGAGGAGAGCUUUAAUUUCCUCGAGUUCGAGUACACGGGAAAAAUAUUAAAGUAUUUUUUACUAUGGGAACAGAGUAAUUUUUAAUAUGAGAAAUUGGACGCAGGACCAUACUCGCCAAACAUUAAAAUUUACUGUUUAACAUAGUAAUUUUGAUGACAAAUGGAAAAUUGCACCGCAGCGGAUGAAAAAAUACUGGUGACGAAAUUAGAAUAUGAUAGAGUUCAUAAGAAAAAUUCCUGUGGAACAUAGAUUUGUUUCGUUGAGUCAAUAGUAAAAAUUCCUUUAAAGAAAAGCGUUUAAGACGCUCUUAAAUAUAAUUUUUUCGUGCGCCCAGUUUAUACAGUUUCUUUUAUUCAAAAUUACU